UCCUCCCCCCAAACCUCACCGGCGGCAGCAGCAGCAGCAGAGCAGGCGCCGCCUCCGCCUGCGCGUCCGGCGCCCCCCGCCACAGCCGCGCUCGCCUCCGAAGCCGGCGACGGCGGCCAUGGAAGGGGACCGCGCGGGAGGACCCGCGGCCGCGGAUCUGCGCCGCGACAUGGCGGCGGCGCGGGCGGCCUGCGAGCGGCGGAUCGCGCAGGGCCGCGAGCGCACCGCGGCGGCCGCCUCCGCCUUCCGCGGCGCCAUCCUCUCCGCCCGCUCGCUCGCCGAGCACAGCGUCGCGCACCGAGAAAAGCUCAACAGUCUGAAGGACCAGCUCAGGGGACUGGAGGCAGGUCUGGCAGAAGCUCUGUCCACCCAACUGAAGAAAGAAUCUGAAUGUAAGCUCACCAGCGAGUCGAUCUCGAACGCCACUGCAACGAACGAGCAGCUCAGAGGCCUGCUCUUGGACCAGAGGGCUAGGAGAGAUGAGUUUGCGAACGUCAUAUCACAUCAGCUCCAAGCUAUCGAAGCUCUUGAAGCUAAUGUUGAUGUGAUGGGGAAAAAGAACCUGGACGAAGCUAUUAUGUGGUACAAUAAAUUUCUUGGUUUUCGAGUUGUUGCAGGGGAAGGUGUUAAAUUUGUUUUCAAUAAAGUGGACAUGCAAAGUCCUGACGAUGAGUAUUCGUUUUGCAUAAAGGUCAAUAAAGACGAAUACAGCUUAAUUCAAUGUAUUCCGUUACUGAAAGACACUGAGGAGCUGGUGAAGGAUUUGAACCGCACUAACGAUCUCUUCAAGUUCGUUAGAACCAUGAGAGCUAGAUUCCAAGCGGCUGGCAUCAACGGGGUUCACCCUGCAACGUCAUUUUGCACAGACACAUCAUCCACACCAAUUUCAUCACCACCGGCUGUGUCAGUUGAUACCACAAGCGAAGGCACAACCAAUCAAAGUCGUACCCGAAGCCGGUCAAAAAAUAAAGAUCUGCAUGCAAAGAGAGGGGCCUCUCCCCUUACAUCCGUAUCUAGCACGCGUCGCUCCCCACGUUUUGCGGCUGCUGAUGCAGGGAGUAUGCAUUAAGCAAUAGACAAAAACCGCUUGGGUUACACCAUAUGAUGCAGUUUGGCUGUAUCAGUUUAGACGCCCCUCAUCGUACUGAAGUGCAUCGCAGUGGGCUGUGUACUUGGUGUAGGCACAGGGAGUUCCAUCUCGAUCUCCACAUCCAUCCAUAAGCUUCUGUCCGCUCAAGCUGACACCAAUGGUUCACAUCAAUCUGUACAGUGAAGUGAAGCGUUCAGUAGAUCUUCAAUGAACUUUGUAGCUGUAGGUAGCUUUGAUUUGGUCUUCGACGAGCGUUGCAGCUGCAGGUAGCUUCGAUUGGGUUCCUGCUAUGUUAUUGUGGACGCUGUGUAACAAUUUUUUUGUUUUGUCUGUUGUAUUUUCUCAUGGAAACUUGAACUGCAAUAUCUUAUAUCUGUAGGGCCUAAUCUUCCUAAUAAUGUUGGUAAUGUAAUCAUGGUUUAGUUUCCUGUUCCAAA